CAGUUAAGUCGACGUUAACAGAAAAAACUAAAACAAGCUCUGAACAAGAUUGUCUUAAAGCAAAUAUAACACGGGUAUUUGGACGUUAUUCUUAACAUUAUUAUUGGUAUUUUCUGUCCGUGAAUGGCACGGGCAAUAUUGAGAUUUACAAUGUAGUAGUCUUUAACUUUAACUAAAAUGUAUUUAUUGUUGGAUAUUGUAAAUGUAUAAAGGUAUUAAAUUUAAAGAUUUUACACGGUUAAGCGCCUACCCAUAAGACUGACUGACGUUUUGUAUACAAACAGUUCAAACAUAACUUUUAAACCGCGUUGUGUAGGAAAACAUACAGUGUAAAAAGAAACUAUAGAGGAAACGGAAUUUAAAGGUAUCCAGACAGAAAGGUCAAUACCAUGGAAGUAUCAGAGAAUAAAACUGCUCUGAGGGCUGAACCACUGAAACUGCAGGAUAAACUGACAGAUGAUUGGAUUCAACCGUUUAGCUGCAACCACGUGGUUGUUGAUAUUACACAGGAUAUCAAUGUAAAGAAGGAUAAACCAAGGGAGAAAACACUUCAUGCGUCGUAUUGCGUCAUGUGCGGAGAACUUGUAACAGAAUUAAAACCGGAUAUUGAUAAAAAAGCAAGUGUUGCAGAUAUUAGACAAGAUGCUCGUUUAAAAACUGGUCAGGAUAUGAAAACAAACUAUGAGGAAAAAACUGAUAAAAGGAAACUUUUUAAAAGUUUUUCAAGAAUGGGGUCAUCCUCUAGCAUGUCAUUGGCACAUACUUUAAAUAAUCGAGCUUGCACAAUACACGGACAUAAAAAGUUAAAAUAUUUCUGUGAAGAUCACCAAGAGGUGUGUUGUACUGUUUGUGUCAAUGUACUUCACAGAAAUUGCCAAAGAAUAAUGUAUAUAAAAGAUGAGAUCCACAAUGGUUGGAGCAGUAGAAUUCAUGAAGAGACCACUGUUGCUUUAGAUGCAAUUAGUAAAAGUUUUCGAUACAUCUUAGAUAAUAAUGAAAGUGCAAGACAGAAACUGAACGGUCAAGUUCUUGAUUUUAGGAAAAGAAGAGACGAACUUCGUUCCCAUUUGUUACAUCUUCUUGAUGAGUUUGAAAGAAAAAGUGAAAAACGUAUCAAGAAGUUUAUUAAAACGUCGGAGGAUGAAAUAGAAGCGACGCUAGAAAAUUGUAGAGCAGUGAUAAAAGAAGCUGAAGCAAACAAGGAGAUGUUGGAAAAAGUAACAAAGACAAGUUCAACCGAAGAUACAUUUAUUGCAACACAGAAAAUCCUUUUACAAAGAGAGAAAUAUGGUCUGGCGUUGUCGGAAGCUAUUAAACGGUCAAAAGACAUUAGCAUAGACCUAAUUCCAGAAAGAAAUGUCGAAAGUGUCGAAGAUCUUAGAAAAAUAGGUAGUGUUCACUUCAGUUCAGAAGCGAUGCAGUUUCCAGAGGCAGUUAUAUCGGCGGUUUCUAAAAUACCCAAAUCAGAAUUGAGAUCUCCAAGAUCAACGCGAGAUGCUCGGAACGGAUCUUGUAGCUCUUUGGAAAGCCCAGCAACUUUUGUUGGGAAAUUCAAUGUCCGUUUGGCAGAAGAUAAAUUCACUUGUGAAAAUGUGGGGGCAACCUUUCUUAAAGAUGGUAGAAUUGCUAUUGUUGAUAUGAAAAAUAGCAAAUUAAAAGUGUUCGAUACAAAAUUUACUCAACCAUGUACAAUACAAUUGUCAUUGGAACCACGUGAUGUGACAGUCAUCAGUCCUCAAGAGGUGGCAGUGUCACUUCCAGAUGAAAGUAAAAUACAAUUUGUGUCUACGGGGAAAAAGCUGCAGACAACAAGGUCUAUUCUAACAAGCUUACCUUGCUAUGGUAUAACUUGCCACAGUCAAGAACUAGUUGUGCUGUGUGAUGACGGGUUCUCGACAAAAGCAAUAGAAUUUAUUGAUUUUGAAGGAAAAGUUUUAAAAACUCUUAAAAUGAAUACAUCCGGAAAGGUUCUUCUAAAGAAUCCCUGGAAUAUUGCAACGAGUGUAGAUGGGCAACAGUUUUGUGUGACAGACAAAGGUCGUCUGGUGAAUUUUGAUAUAAAAGGAAAUAUCUUGUUUGAAUACACUGAUAAGAAUCUAGAAAAUGCGCGUGGCCUAGCGGUUGACGACUCUGGACGGUUUUUCGUCUGCGGAACAAGUUCGAACAAUGUACAUCAGGUGUCAGCAGACGGCAAACAACUUAGCAUCAUAUUGACAGAUGAAGAUGUAACGGCACCGCAGGCAGUGUGUUAUCAAUUAGGGAGACGAUUAUUUCUUAUAACUUGUGUCGGUAAUAAUAAUGUUUACAUGUACAAACUAACGAAAUCCUAAUAAACGAGACACGUUAAACCCUAUCUGCAUUAAACUAUUUAAUCUUAAAAUUAAGAAAGUACAACAACCACAUGCAAGAGGAUGCUGAUCAAAACGAUCUAAAAUUUAAAAAAUACUUAUUGAUUAGUGAAUUUACAGUGUUCAAAAUAAGGCAAUAAAAUGAUUUUAAACAC